AUGGGGCCUAAGCUCGCGUCCCUUCUCGCCGUCCUGGCCGCCGUCUACCUUGCCGUCGCGGCGACCGCCGUGGACGACGCCCCGCUGCCGAGGCUCCCGCAUCAGGACAUCCCGGCCGUGUUCGCGUUCGGCGACUCCACGCUCGACACGGGCAACAACAACGUCCUCCCCACCAUGGUCCGCGCCGACCACGCGCCCUACGGCCGCGAGUUCCCCGGGGGCGCGCCCACGGGCCGCUUCUCCGACGGGAAGCUCCUCACCGACUACCUCGUGGAGGUGCUCGGCAUCAAGGAGCUCCUCCCGGCGUACCGCUCCGGCGCCGCCAACCUGACGGUCGCGGACUUAUCCACGGGCGUCUGCUUCGCGUCCGCCGGCUCCGGCCUCGACGACGCCACGGCCACCAACGCCGGCGUGGCGACGUUCGGCUCGCAGCUCGCGGACUUCAAGCAGCUCCUUGGCAAGAUAGGCGCCCGGAAGGCCGGCGAGGUGGUGAAGAAGUCGGUGUUCCUCGUGUCCGCCGCGACCAACGACAUGAUGAUGAACUACUACAUGCUGCCGUCGGGGAGGAGCAAGUACACGCUCGAGCAGUACCAUGACCUCCUCAUCGGCAACCUUCGAUCUUACAUACAGGCCAUGUACGACCUGGGCGCCCGGAGGAUGCUGGUGGCGGGGCUGCCGCCGGUGGGGUGCCUCCCGCUGCAGCUGACGAUGGCCGAGCUGCAGCAGCCGCCGAGGCCGCAGGGGUGCAUCGCGGAGCAGAACGCGGCGGCGGAGUGCUACAACGCCAAGCUCCAGCGGAUGCUCGCCGAGUUCCAGGCCGGCUCGCCCGGGGCGAGGGCCGUGUACGCCGACAUCUACAGCCCGCUCAAGGACAUGGUCGACCACCCCGACAAGUUUCGUGGAGGCGAGCAAGGGCUGCUGCGGCACCGGGCUCCUGGAGAUGGGGCCGCUGUGCACCGAUAUGGUCCCGACGUGCGCGACGCCGUCCAAGUACAUGUUCUGGGACUCCGUCCACCCCACGCAGGCCACCUACAGGGCCGUCGCCGAGCACUUCGAGCGGACCAACAUCAUCCGGUUCGACAAUUGACGUGA